AUGGCAACGGCUGGCGCUUCCACAUGGAGGGGCCAGAAGCAUAGGGUGUUCCAGUCUGUUUUUGACACCGACGUAUCGCAGCCGACGCCUCACACGACGCCUUCGUUGAGAAGCACCGAAAAGGGGCAGCCUUUUGGCGGGCCCCCUCCUCCGACUACGCAGUUUCCGUCUCCGUCUAUCAGCCAAAAGGCGCUAGGUCUUGCAGGUGUCGAUCCGCUAGGGAGAGAAUUCUCGCCUCCGUCCGUCCCUAUUACCGAUCAAGUCCGUUGGGACCGCGCAUGGCAUGCCGUUACAUCUCGCAUUCAGCUACCCCCCUCGGUUGCCGCUGAAGACUCUUUCGGCGACGUAAGCCCAGAGCUCCAGGACCCAGACCAUUCCUUCUACGACAACAUUAGACUCGUCCUGUAUCCAGAGCGGUACGCCCCCCAUGCCGCACACACCGAGGAUCUUCUCUCCUGGCACACCCAGCAGGCGCGCCAGCACCUCGUGCACCAUGUUCUGCCCUUGAUUUCCGCUUGCGGUGACUACGCCGACGAGGCACAGGGUCUUCUGGGUAGUAUCCGCACCUUGGAAGCAGCACAUAGACAGUACCUCUACGGACUCUCCCUCAUAGUGCGAGGCCUGGACGGAAGGACGGCAGAGAUGGCUUUGGACAAGUUUCGCCGCGACCUCCAUGCUAUCAUUAGCAACGCCGUGUCACCCUCCCUUGCGACCACCCUCCGCAAUGUACUGGGCCGCCUAAUGAGGGUACUUUUGAAAAUGGACCCCGUUCCUGCCGAUCCUCUUCCCUCACCUUCUCGACACCGUGCCCUCAAUGCACGUCGGGCAGAACAGCACGUCGAAACUGCCAGGCGAGAGUUCAGGCAGCUUGUGGAAGCGCUGCACCAUGUGGGACUAGCCGGGGAGAAGUUCCAGGUCCUCUUUGCCGAGAUGAUGGACGCCUUGAUGGCCGAAUACGUGCAGACCUCCUUUGCCGGGCUGUGGGCGCAAACGCACAGGCAAACGACGACCCGCACCACUGGAGGCUGCAUAGCUUCCCUCUGCGAUUGGGUGGAAAACCAUUACGCGCGCCUAGCGGUCGAGGUGUUCAACUGCCUGGGGAGUUGCGAAGUGGCCUGGAAAGACGUCGAGGAUUGGAAGGAGAUUGCCGUUGGGCGGCUAGCGGUGAUGCGCAUGCACGAGCUCUUCGACAUGGUCCUCCAUUGGCCCGAGAGCAAGGACGCCCUGGAAGACCUGCGGAUCGCGGUCACCACGCCGCAACGUCGCUUGCAACUGACCGACACCUUCGCGGCCGCCUUGCAGAAGCGGCUGCUGCACCCUGGCCGGUCCACCUUGGACAUCCUUCAAGUGUACAUCUCCAUGAUCCGUACUUUCCAUGCGCUAGACCACUCCAAAGUACUCCUCGGCAGGGUGGUCCAUUCCCUCCAGUUGUAUCUCUGUCAGAGAGAUGAUGCCAUCCGUAUCGUGGUCACGGGGUUGUUGUCUAACCCAGAGGACGCGGAUACGGAGGCUGGCAGGGGGAAAUUGGUCGAGCUAGGCGUCCUCCUGAAUGACCCGGCGCAGCAACAUCGGUCGGUCAUGGACGAUGAAGAACUGGACUGGGAUGACAUGGAAUGGCUCCCCGACCCUGUCGAUGCCGGCAUCAACUACAAGCGGCCCAAGACCGAGGAUGUCAUCGGCACCCUCAUUAACGCGUUGGGCUCUAGGGACAUCUUUAUUAAGGAAUUCCAGAACAUCAUUGCGGAGAGGCUCUUGUCCAAGCAAGCGGAUUUUCCGCAAGAGAUCAAGGUUUUGAAUCUUUUGAAGAAGCGGUUCGGGGAGCAUGCCCUUCAGGGCUGCGAUGUCAUGAUCAAGGACAUUCAAGAUUCCCGAAGAGUGGAUGCGGUGGUUUCCCGAAAUAUUAGAGCCGCCAUCGGCUUGGGCUCACCCGACCGGAGGGCCGGGGCGAUUCCCUCGUAUCAUACCAGGAUUCUCUCGCGGCUUUUCUGGCCUACACUAGACCGAGAACACUUCCUGCUACCCCGGCCCAUCGCGGAGGUGCAGCGCCGCUACGAUGUAGAGUACGAACAGCUCAAGUCGUCCCGCAAGCUGACCUGGCUCAACAACCUCGGCACAGCCACAGUGCAACUCGAUUUACAAGACCGGUCCAUCCAUACGGAUUGUAAGACGUACGAGGCAGCAGUCAUCUACGCUUUCCGAGAAGAGGAGGACAACUCCGAUGCGCCUGUGCAGCGGACAGUCGCUCAGCUUGAAGAGAUGCUCCAGAUGGACGACGACACGAUCCGGCUGGCGCUCCGGUUCUGGGCAUCCCAACGUAUCGCCCGCGAAGUCGCGCCGGAUACCUUCGUCGUCCUGGAACGGCUGGAGGAUGACGACGACGCCACGGCGGGCGCGAGCGCGGGAGCAUCGCGCGGGGCGUCGGGGCCGCCCGAGGGCCCAGCGCGCGAUAUAGCCUCUCCGAGCAAGAGCAAGGGCGGGGGCCUGAACGCCCAGGAGCGGGAACGGCGGCAGGUGUACUGGCAGUUCAUCGUCGGCAUGCUGACCAACUCGAGCCCCGCGAUGCCGCUGGCGCAGAUCGCCAUGAUGAUGAAGAUGCUCAUCCCCGACGGGUUCCCCUGGGGCAACGAGGAGUUGCAGAUGUUCCUGGCGGAGAAGAUCGCCGCCAAGGAGUUGGAACUGGCCGGUGGGAAGUACCGGUUGCCCAAGAAAUGA